AGAGGCUGGGGGUUGGGGGUCGCAGCCCCGGGAAGCCGAGCUGAAGCCGGCAUUCGCCCUCCCGUGCCACGGGCGCCCCUGCCACGGCCACAGGUGCGGCCGGCCCGGCGAGGGGCACCCGGGCCCCGGCCCCUGGGUAACAAGGGGCAGCUGGCGCCGUCCAUUGGAAAGUGAUAGGCACUUCACCCUCGCCCGACUUUCCGGAUCCCCAACUCGUCUCCUACCUGCCCCCACUCCUGGAAACUUCCCCGCUCCUGCCCGGACGGCCCCCAUGGGUGACAGCAACCAAUCUUAGUUUCUUUUUUCAUGAAAGCUGCUCCAAGGCUGUAGGAGCCCCGUCCCGGGCACCUUCCACUUCUGCUUUCCUUCCUUGUUGAUGCUGAGAAUACUAGAAGUGCAAAGAAUUGUUAGACCCAAGAAGCCAUGGAUAGGAAAAGUUUGGGUGAAACGGAAAAUGGAGAUGCUUGCCUUGACCUGAAGAAGCAGCCGGCCUCCAAAUCCCCCCAUCGCUAUACAAAAGAGGAGCUGUUGGAUAUAAAAGAACGCCCUCAUUCCAAACAGAGACCUUCAUUCCUCUCUGAAAAAUACGACAGUGAUGGUGUCUGGGACCCUGAGAAGUGGCAUGCCUCUCUCUAUCCAGCUUCAGGGCGGAGUUCACCAGUGGAAAGUCUGAAGAAAGAUUUGGAUACAGACCGGCCUUCCCUGGUGCGCAAGAUAGUAGAUCCACGGGAACGUGUGAAAGAAGAUGACUUAGAUGUUGUUCUCAGCCCACAGAGACGAAGCUUUGGUGGGGGCUGCCACGUGACAGCAGCUGUUAGCUCCCGGCGCUCAGGAAGCCCUCUGGAAAAAGAUAGUGAUGGACUUCGCCUGCUUGGUGGAAGGAGGAUUGGGAGCGGAAGGAUUAUCUCUGCUCGGACCUUUGAGAAGGAUCACCGUCUUAGUGAUAAGGACCUUCGGGACUUAAGAGACAGAGAUCGAGAGAGAGACUACAAGGACAAGCGGUUUCGGAGGGAGUUUGGGGAUAGUAAGCGUGUCUUUGGUGAACGUCGAAGAAAUGAUUCCUACACAGAGGAAGAACCAGAAUGGUUCUCAGCUGGACCCACAAGUCAGUCUGAAACCAUUGAACUGACUGGUUUCGAUGAUAAGAUACUGGAAGAAGAUCACAAGGGGAGAAAAAGAACGAGGCGACGGACAGCAUCUGUGAAAGAAGGCAUAGUUGAGUGCAAUGGAGGAGUGGCCGAGGAGGAGGAGGUAGAGGUCAUCCUUGCACAGGAGCCUGCUGCUGACCAGGAAGUGCCGAGGGACACCAUCUUGCCUGAACAGUCCCCAGGAGAAUUUGACUUCAAUGAGUUCUUUAACCUUGAUAAGGUGCCAUGCUUGGCAUCGAUGAUCGAAGACGUUUUGGGAGAAGGGUCUGUCUCUGCCAGUCGGUUCAGUAGGUGGUUCUCUAACCCAAGUCGAUCAGGAAGCCGAUCCAGCAGUCUUGGGUCAACACCUCAUGAAGAAUUGGAGAGACUUGCAGGUCUAGAGCAAGCCAUACUCUCUCCUGGACAGAAUUCGGGGAAUUAUUUUGCUCCUAUACAAUUGGAAGAUCAUGCUGAAAAUAAAGUAGAUAUUUUAGAAAUGCUACAGAAAGCCAAAGUGGAUUUAAAACCUCUUCUUUCCAGCCUUUCUGCAAAUAAAGAAAAACUUAAAGAGAGCUCACACUCAGGAGUUGUACUUUCGGUGGAAGAGGUAGAAGCUGGGCUCAAGGGCUUGAAAGUGGAUCAACAAAUGAAGAAUUCAACUCCCUUCAUGGCAGAACAGUUAGAGGAGACUCUGAGUGCUGUAACCAGCAAUCGGCAGCUCAAGAAAGAUGGAGAUAUGACUGCUUUCAACAAACUUGUGAGCACCAUGAAGGCAAGUGGGACUUUGCCUUCUCAGCCCAAAAUCAGCCGAAACCUUGAAAGCCACUUGAUGUCCCCUGCUGAGAUUCCAGGCCAGCCUGUCCCUAAGAACAUCUUGCAGGAACUUCUGGGUCCACCAGUUCCGAGACCUGCGUCUUCCAAUCUUCUGAGUGGCCUUAUGGGGAGCUUGGAGCAUACCACAUCUUUACUGGGCCAAAGAGCACCUUCUCCUCCCUUGUCACAGGUGUUUCAGACACGAGCAGCCUCGGCAGAUUACCUGCGUCCUAGAAUACCAUCACCUAUUGGUUUCACAGCAGGACCACAGCAACUACUUGGAGAUCCAUUUCAAGGCAUGCGAAAGUCUAUGAGCCCUGUUACAGCCCAGCAGAUGAGCCAGCUGGAACUGCAGCAGGCAGCUUUGGAGGGACUGGCCUUACCACAUGACCUUACAGUGCCAGCAGCAAAUUUCUAUCAGCCUGGUUUUGGCAAACCACAGAUGGACAGAACCCGAGAUGGGUUCAGAAAUAGGCAACAGCGAGUGACCAAGUCACCAGCACCUGUGCACCGAGGGAGUUCUUCUUCCCCUGCCCCUGCCGCCUCCAUUACAAGCAUGCUUUCUCCUUCCUUCACCCCUACCUCAGUGAUUCGUAAGAUGUAUGAGAGCAAAGAGAAAAGCAAAGAGGAGCCAGCAUCUGGAAAAACAGCUCUUGGCGAUUGCAAAGAAGAUACACAGAAGACCAAUGAAGAGAAUCUCCUGUCACCUAACUCUCUGUCCAGUGCUGAUCGAGACUCUUCUCCUACUACAAAUCCCAAACUUUCAACAUUACGACCUUCAUGUUCCACUCCACUGUCCCAGAACAACCGCUACACCAAAGAACAAGAUUACCGACCUAAACCAACUGGGAGAAAAACUCCUACUUUGGCAUCACCAGUUCCAGGAACACCUUUUCUCCGCCCUGUCCAUCAAGUUCCCCUUGUCCCCCAUGUUCCAAUUGUUCGGCCUGCUCACCAGCUCCACCCAGGAUUGGUCCAAAGGAUGCUGGCCCAGGGAGUACAUCCACAGCAUCUUACAAAUUUGCUCCAAGCUGCAGGUGUGCUUCCUCCUGGGAUGGAUCUGACUCAUUUACAAGGACUAUCUGGCCCAAUUCUGGGUCAACCAUUUUACCCUAUACCUGCCCCUAGCCACCCUCUCCUAAACCCUCGUCCUGGGACACCUUUGCAUCUGGCAGUGAUGCAACAGCAGCUACAGCGCUCAGUUCUUCAUCCUCCAGGCUCUGGUUCCCAGGCAGCAGCUGUCAGCAUUCAGACAACCCCUCAGAAUGUGCCCAGUCGGUCAGGCCUGCCCCACAUGCACUCCCAGCUGGAGCACCGCCCCAGCCAGAGGAGCAGCUCCCCAGUGGGCCUCGCCAAAUGGUUUGGCUCGGAUGUGUUACAGCAGCCUCUGCCCUCCAUGCCCGCCAAAGUCAUCAGUGUAGAUGAAUUGGAAUACCGACAGUGAGCAGGGUAGAUGGGCUCACCUAACCUUGGACCUAUGGCAGCACCCUGGUCAGGACUCUGCUUCCUCAUCUUGGGAUAGCUUGGGAUUUUACUUUGGAGCACCCUGUGAGAGCCCAGGACCCUGGCGUGGUCUGCAUUAUCACAGAAGAAUCUUAACCAAUCGAGUGGAGCCUACGUGGUCUGAAUACAGGAUGCACAGUGUGUCAAUCCUGGAAAGUUUUUUUUUUUUUUUGUAAAAUAUGUGAAUGAAGUGUUGGUGUCUUCACCAAAAGGUGGCACCUAAGGGUUCUGAGGAAAUAAAUGUAUAGACCCUUAUGUACAGACCUGUGUAUAAACAACUUUUGUAUAUACAUAUAGGAUAGCUUUUUUUGAACUUAUACAGCUGUACAUAAAAGUAGCUGAUAAUAGUUAAGUCUGUGUCAAGAGUUUGGAUUUUUUUUCACUUGUACAUUUGGGACUUUUUCUUUUGGUUGAUUAAAGUUGCAUAUGCUAAUUGCGUGAAUGAAGUCAA